AGGUAUACACGUGUUCUGGCGCAGAAGGCAGUUUGGUCCUUCUUAUCGCACAACUUGAGGUUUAGGGGGAAAGUACAUUUCCGCGUUUUGAUCGAAUAAAGCUACACAUGUAUGGAUGUACAGUUGUCAAUUUAAUGAUCUAUGACGAUCUGCCUACCUUCGUGUCAUUGCUGACUCCUUUCUCGACUUCGUCUACUCUUUAUUUUCCUUUCGACAUCAUCGCAGGAUGACGGGCUUGAAAUCGAUGAAGUCGAAACUUCCUCGUAGCUGGGGAUGGGUUGUGACUGGUGCUGCGUUUGUCAUGCAUUUCUUUGUCUUUGGAAUCAUGUAUUGCUUCAGCAUCACUUUCGUCACUCUCCAAGAAGAAUUUUCUACCAGUUCAACAGCUACCUCAUGGGCAGGCUCUAUUCCGAUUGGCUUGGGAACCAGUGCAGGGGUGAUCGUCACUCCACUCAUCAAGCGAUUCGAGAAUCGACCGGUGGCUAUUGUGGGGGUCCUCCUAACUUGCACAUCCAGUUUCGUUACGUCAUUUAUCACGGACUUCAGGCUCAUCUACUUCACAUAUAGCGCAGUCUUCGGCUUGGGUGUUGGAUUUUGUUCUCUGUCUUCAAUGGACCUCUUGCUUCAAUAUUUCCCAAGGAAGCACUGUUCACGAGCUACUCUUAUCUCAUUGGUUGGGUCAAGUACAGGUAAGAUUAUUGUGCACCUGACAAUCUCCUAUAUUCGUAUCCGGUGGGUCGUUUCAUAA